AAAACAAAAUGAAUUCACGCUGGAGUAGUAUACAAACACCAAGCUUCCUGCCACCUGGCGAGACACCUCCGCCGAGGUGUCAUUUCUCGCCUUGACCGCCCGCCAUGCUGCGCCUCCUCCGACUGGCCGUCGUCGCCGCCGGCGUCUCGGCCGCCGUCCGCAGCAGCAUGAUGCACCCGUGGCCGCUCCUGCACCGGCGCCUCCAAGAGUCCUCCGGUGUCAUCGGCAACGUCUGCCGCGACACGACCGACUGCCCCGCCGGCAGCGUGUGCAUCGCCGGCAGCGCGACGACGUCGAUCCAGUCGUGCGUCCAGACGCCGGGCUGCGGCGGCAACGUCGCAGGCAACUGCCCGGGCCUCCUCUCAACCGGCCAGCUCGUGUGCGCGUGGAGCCCCGUGAACGCGUCACAAUGCUCGGACAAUCAAAACUCGUGCGCCGCCUUUAACGGCCAAGCCGGUAUCUACAUGUGCAUGACCCUCGACCGCUGCGAUGCGAUCAACGGCAACAAGGGCGUGUGCAGCAGCGGGUGCAAGUCGUCGAACGGCCUCAUCUGCAACGGGCGUGGCGGGUGCCGGACCACGAACGGCGCGUCGUACACGUGCGAGUGCAACGACGGCUGGGACGGCCCAGCGUGCGAGAAGGUCGUCAACAGCAGCUGCCAGGCUGGCGUCGGUAGCUGCGGCCAGUUUGGUCAGUGCGUCGACGGCACGUGCUCGUGCGUCAAGGGCUACAGCGGGCAGCAGUGUGAGCUUUCGCCCAAUGCAACGACGACAAGCCCGUCGGCGACGACUGCGGUCGUGACGCUACCGACGCCCACCUCGGACAGCGCGAGCAGUAGCAGCAAAGCGACGGCUGGCGGCAGUAGCAACACUACCACCUCGUGGUGGUGGAUUCUUCUCGUCGUCGUCGUGGCCCUCGCGUUUGUGCUCAUCGUCGCCUUCUUUGUUCGGAAGAAGAUGCAGCAGCGCGAAGCCGACCGCGCGCGCGCCGAAGUCGGCGAGCUUAUGGAAGGCGACAUUGACGACGGCGUCCAGACGCCAAAGGGCAUGAUUCAGACCUUAUAAUGGACGGCCUCUCUGGUAAUAGAUGUAUAUGUGCCAUUCCA